AUGUCGGUGGAAGAAGCUCUGGAACGGGGACGUCUUCUGACUGAAGCUCUCAUGCAAGUCGAGCGGAACUUCAGACGCUGCACCCAAAUUCUCACUAAUCUCGAAAGUCGUGUAGAAGCAGCCACACAUUUGGCUGUCACGACGGGUCUGACGUCCCGCCGGCACAGGCUCCGCCGCAUAAUGAUCAUAAGAGACGCCUGCCACGGCGAAUGUCUCCAACUUCUGCGAGAAGUCACCAUCGCUCAGAGCAGUCUCAACGACUUUGUGUCUUCACACCAACAUUUAGUUCGUUUUCUUGUCUAAUCUUUGGGAUUUCUGUCCAAAAAUAUACGAAAAAACUUUUUUGUUGAUUUUUUGUGUACAUUACAUUAUCUCUGAAAAUUUCGGAAAAUUUGAUAGCUGGCCUUCGUAACGUCUGAUUGAAAUAGUCCGUUGAAAAAAACUCGAGUUUCAGAAAGAUUGAGCUGCACACGAGAAAUUCGUGAAAUGAAACUAAUCGAUUUUUUGCAGGGUCCUGAUUUCCUCUUCGGAAUGCUGGAAAUGCGUCGCCCCAUGCUGCAGCUGGAUGAUGAUAUGGAGGAGGCGCAGGUGCAGCCUAACGCCGAAGAUGUGGAACCGGAGGAGCCUUCCCUGGAGGCCGAGAACAUUGAAGCGGAGCUCAACGUAUCCCAGAUUGAUCCACAGCCACGAGGAGAAGCGACUCAAGAGGUUCAGUCGCCACAUGAGGUACAUUUUGAGAUAUCAACCUCAUACUUUAAAAGUUAUUCUGCUUGUUUAAAAGUCAAAGUCGGCGGAAGCAACCUAUUAAAGAGACUAGGCUUGAAAAAGGAGUCUCCUUUCACCUCAACAAUGUUUUUUUGGUUUGCUUUGUGAAAGAAUUGUGAAAAAUAUUCAUUUUUUCUUUUGCCCGAAGUUUUUUUUCAGCUUUCCAUUCAAAAAAUGACCUUUUUUAGUUGACGCUGAAAAUUCGUGAAAGUUUUUUUCAAACUACAAAAUCAAAUCAGAAUGAAUAAUUAUUUUUUUGAUCUUUCAGACUGAUCCAUUGUUGACUCAAAGUACAACGGACGCUGUUACUGCAAUUGGAACUGCCGCUUCUGAACUUCCUGUCGCUACUUCUGAGGCCGCCGUCGUUAUUUCUGAAUCUGGGAUUGACACUGAUGGCGAGGUAUACUUUUAUUUUAACUCAAUUAAAUAAUUUUCACUCAAAAAUUGCUCAAUUUUUUUCAUAAAAGCCCCAGUAUUCGAUUAUGUUUCAUGAUUCAGGUCGAUGAUACGAAGGGGCUCCGCGGCCAAGCGGAAGAUACCAACCCAGCCGUUGGAGAGAAGAUGGAGGUUCCAGAGGAACGAGGCGGAUUGUCCGACUGCGAGAAUGUGGCUCCGCCAAAAGGCGUCCCCUCAACCUGA